GAGCUCGCCCUGGUUAGUCUAAAAGCUCAGUAUAGAAGGAAGCCUGCAAGUAAGUAGCGCAAGCCAUGGCUUUCCAAAUCAAACCCCUCCGCCCAGUUGAGCAGAACGAACUGUUCUUCAGGUUGUAUCUCAAGAGAGAAGGCUGUGACAGUAAUGACAAAACAAUAGUUAAUUCCAACGAGCAUAUGGAAUUUGGUCUGGUUCUUGCCAGUGACCUGCCCAUAUAUGACGGAUUUGGCCCCGAGGCGAACCUUGUUGCGCGGUUGCAAGGCCUUCAGUCUCAAGCUGGGAAGCUCACCGACGGUUGGCAGGCCUCUGUCAACAUAGUGUUCGAGGAUGAAAGGUUCAAUGGAUCCACACUACAUGUCAUGGGGACUGGUCUGCACAAAAGAGAAUGGGCCAUUGUUGGUGGGACGGGAGAGUUUACUCUUGCGCAGGGCAUCAUGUACAAUCUUCUUAUGUAUGGAGAAUUUCAGGAAAUUGAGUUGCGUGCACUAUACACGCCCAUGAAAAAGGUUCCUUGGACGCUCGGGGUUCCUGGUGACACAGCAAGCCAAACUUGAACACAUCAACACACACGGGUUGCUCAAUAAAUCUUCCACGGAUAGAAGAAUAAUUUGUUAUCGAAGCAUUGUCUUGUUGUGUGUGAGAUUGCACCUACCACAUUUCGCAUUCUCUCUAAAAAUAUGUGCGAGUUUGUCAUCUCGUGUGGUUUUUAAUUUUUUUCCCUGUGUGUACGUUCUAAACUCAUGUUUUAAUUAUAUCCACGAUUAAAUUUUGUCAGAAGGAUUUAGUGUUCUUCUGGAAUUAUCUCAUCAA